UUUUUUUCAAUUCGUCGGCUUAAAUUUGAAGGAAAUUUUACCAAUUUAUUAUGGGCUUGUGUUGGAAUAGUACACGGCAUAGGUGGGGCUCGUUGAGACGCCAUUUUCGUGAAAUACGCGGCGUUACAGGUGAGAGACACCUUUCAGCGUCUGUGCAGAUGACCCCGAGCCAUACAACCAAUACUUGGUAUAGGGUUCUUAAGCUCAUUUACAUAUUUGUGAGCAGUGAGGCCGCGGCCCGUGGGAAGCCAUAUUGGAUUUUACACCUGCCUCAAAAAUGGCUUCCGUUUUAAGCGUCUAAGGAAGGCGACAGACAUGCUUAAAUUCUGCCGUACUUGAGCAAUGGCCACGGACACAAAAGACGCAAAAUGGAGUAGGGGGGCAGCGGCGACAACGCCCAAGGAUUCGACCCCACCUCCAGUCAAAACUAAAAGUGACCUUAAAUCGGCCACCAGGGGAGACGCGACCAGCACCGCCAACGCCCCCCAGGUGAAGGUGAAGGCGGAGAACGGUGCCACGCCGGCAAGUCACUGCAAGGUAGAGGUGCCACAGCCUCGCCCCUCAGAUCACGACAGUAAGGGCAACAAGGCGGUUCCAGCCAACGUUAAAGGCAAAGGUGGAGGCAGUUCCAAUCCCCAGGGUCCAGAGGGGGUGCAACCUUAUCCCAGCGGUCACAACCCAGCGCUGUUACAGACGGAGGAAGUGGAAGGCUUUUUUAACAGCCUGAAUUCUCCACACGCGACGGCCGUUGUUGGUGCCGAACCGACGCCAGUGGUGACCAGCUCCUUCUCCUCGAGCAACUUGGCCACUUUGACUAACUCCCCGAUGACAGGGGUGCACCAAUACAGCAACUCCCCACAGCCACACACCCCAACCAACGCGGCUAUGCUGUCCAGCGGCUCUUAUUCCGCAGGGUACUACGACGCCGGGGGACAGGGGGUGUACGCCUCGCGCGGACUGUACGUCCCCUCGCCUCGUGCGUACAGCCAGUACGCCUCCCCUCACGAAGCCAGCACCUGGCAUCAGGGAGAAGGCUACAGCUCCCCGGGGAACGCCGGUGGAAGGUACCCGUAUGGCCCACACAUGGACCCCAACGCCAGAUCAUCCGCGGACAUGGCCAAAUAUCCCGAGGCGACGUAUAGUAGUGGUCCCACCGCUGCUCACCGCACGCCUGAGAACCUCUACACGUCUAAAAUGGCCGGGUAUCAGAUCUAUAUGACUCCCCCCGACAUGUCGCCGUGGACGGCAGCUCUCAGUGGACCUUCCCAAGGGGCCGCCAAUGGCGCCGAGUCGACCAUGUUGGAGGACAGACGGGAAAGCGAGAGUGACGAGUACGCCGAGUAUUCCACGGAACCCAGGGAGUGUGUGAACUGCGGUGCUAUCCAGACCCCAUUAUGGCGACGUGACGGCACGGGACACUAUCUUUGCAACGCCUGCGGACUGUACCAUAAAAUGAGAACGGUAAACAACGGCCUCACUAGUCCGAUGUUGAAGUCGUCCAGCCCCAGCCAGUUACAUACGCUGCCCAGUGGGUACCUUACUCCGACCACCCAGCCAGGCGGGGUGAUGCCCAACAGCCUGCCCUCCACUGUGGACGACAUGGGGCAGAACUCCCAGGCCUAUAACAAGGGCGGCGGUGGCGGGGGCAGUAGACGAGCGGGCCUCUCGUGCGCCAACUGCAGCACCACUACCACCACGCUAUGGAGGAGAAACAACGAAGGAGAACCAGUGUGUAACGCGUGCGGCCUGUAUUAUAAACUUCACCAGGUAAGUCGACCAAUUUCUAUGCGCAAAGAUGGAAUCCAAACCAGAAAAAGAAAACCAAAAACUCUGAGGUCGCCGAAGUCGCCAUCUACCGGCAAUAAUUCAUCAGAAAUGAAAGCGAUGCAGGCUGCCUCCUUGCCCACCGUACCGACGCCUUACCAGACAUCCUCCAGUGUGUACGGGCCAUUCAGCAGCAUGGGGGUGCCUCAUGGCAUGAUGAUACCCUCAGCGCCAUCUGUAGGCGUCGGUACGAUACCCGGCAGCAACCGCUACCAGAACGUGAACGUGCAAUCCAGUCCUGUCUCCAUGUCCAGCCAGCAGACGACAGCAUACGGGCAGAUGACAGUGGGCCACAUGCACACGAGAUCAACCCCGGAAGUGACGUCAGGUUACACUGCGCAUGCUCAGUAUAAAAAUCCCGGCAUGCAGCUGCCGACCACGCUGACCACGUAUCCUGGCAUGGUGGGAAGUAUGUCGGAUCAUCUCCCGCCAAUCUACGUCAACCCGUCGCCGCCCAAGGCUGUGCCCGUGAACCUGGAUACGGACACCCAGAGACACAGCGGCAGCGAGAGUCACGUGACAACUGGAGAAACCGCGCAGGCGCAGGAGACUUCUGGGGAGAUGAGGGAUAUUACUCCACUGAGACCUGUAGAAGCUAGCACAGGAUGAACAAUUUAUCAGUCCUUUAGGACCUGUUGACUAGAGGAAAAUUGCGUUCCCAAGGAGACUUGUUGAAUUCAAGUUUGAUGACAUUUUCCAGCAAUAUAGUUCAAUGGAACAAUAACCACGCGUUAUCACAAAGGAAUUCGUGUUACGAGAAGAAGACGAUUACUUUGCCAUGUUGAUCAGGCCAACAUUGAUGGCUUUUGCCAGUAUACGUCCAAUAGCCACGUACUAUUUUGAAGGGACUUGUUUGUUGAAGGAAGGUUAGAUUGAUCUAAUUAUUGGUAAGACCUUCAAAGAUUGAACUGAAAGAUAGUGGACUUUCUGCAAAUGGUUUCGCAGAGGUCAAAUUCGAAACCAUAGAAGUGAAUUUUGUAUCAAGAUAUUUGCAAUGCUUCAGUUGGGUUUCUUGUUCUAAACUAUUCAAAAAGUAACGUUUUACCCGAUGUUAUUCUUUAACAGACAACCCAGGCCAGCAAGACCGAAAAUGUUAUUUAUAUGACAAUUGAUAAAAUGCCCUUUCAUUAUAAAAUAUAUAAAAGUUGUUCUCUAAAAUUUAUAGAAACAAUUACUGAAACUAAGCUUAGAAAUGUAGAGGGUUAAGAAAAAAAAA